ACUGUUAUCAUCAGAUCAUCCUGACCCGCUCAUUCAUGCUGAAGUGUUGAUUGGCUUGAGCAUAUGCAACCUUUCACAGCAUUCUUUCUUCCCCAUCUUCCAGCUCUUACAUGUUUUCUGCCAUCCUCCAUGAUACUUUCUGAGCCUCAGGGAGCAUGAUACAGAUGUCCAAAUGAGAGCUGAGCAUUCAGCGGUCACUUUCAGUGCUUUGACCACUUGAAAGUCUCUGCAUUGCCUGCUAGCUACCCACUACAGAAAGAAGCUUCUCUUCCAAGCUUGACAGAAGCAUUGAGAAUUAAGGGUAUCAACAUAUUUAAAAGGCAGUUUAAUAACAUGUCCAUUUAUCAAGACAUUAGUAGAUGUUGAGUUAACAGAAUUAGGACAGGGAGUUAGUAUACAUAUAAUUUCCCUGGCCAUGGACAUUUUGACUAGAUUUAUAUAGUACCAGACACAGGUCUUCUGUAGAACAAGCCUCAAACCUAAUCCAGGAGUGAUGCUCUGAACUGAACUUGGACCUUCUGGAAGAACAUUAUGAACUUUUAACCACUGAGCCAUGUCGCUACCCCAUCUACUGCAUUUUGAGGCAGGUUCUUUCAGUGGCUGUCCUGGAACUUGCAAUAUAUAGACCAGACUGGCCUCAAACUCAAAGCUAGUGCUGGGAUGAUCGAUGUGCGCCAUCAGGACAGAUGCUCUAGCUCUGCUUAUGAUAAUCUCAACAAAGUUCGAGUUGCUAUCAAGAAAAUCAGUCCUUUUGAGCACCAGACCUACUGUCAAAGAACCCUAAGAGAGAUAAAAAUCUUACUGCGCUUCAGACAUGAGAACAUCAUCGGCAUCAAUGACAUCAUCCGUGCACCAACCAUUGAGCAAAUGAAAGAUGUAUAUAUAGUACAGGACCUCAUGGAGACAGAUCUUUACAAGCUCUUGAAGACACAGCACCUCAGCAAUGACCAUAUCUGCUAUUUCCUUUAUCAGAUCCUGAGAGGAUUGAAAUAUAUCCAUUCAGCUAAUGUUCUGCACCGUGACCUCAAGCCUUCCAACCUCCUGCUGAAUACCACUUGUGAUCUCAAGAUCUGUGACUUUGGCCUUGCCCGUGUUGCAGAUCCAGAUCAUGAUCACACAGGGUUCUUGACAGAGUACGUUGCCACACGUUGGUACAGAGCUCCAGAGAUUAUGUUGAAUUCCAAGGGUUAUACCAAGUCCAUUGAUAUUUGGUCUGUGGGCUGCAUCCUGGCAGAGAUGCUAUCCAACAGGCCUAUCUUCCCAGGAAAGCAUUACCUUGACCAGCUGAAUCACAUCCUGGGUAUUCUUGGAUCUCCAUCACAGGAAGAUCUGAAUUGUAUAAUAAAUUUAAAAGCUAGAAACUAUUUGCUUUCUCUCCCGCACAAGAAUAAGGUGCCGUGGAACAGGUUGUUCCCAAAUGCUGACUCCAAAGCUCUGGAUUUACUGGAUAAAAUGUUGACAUUUAAUCCUCACAAGAGGAUUGAAGUUGAACAGGCUCUGGCCCACCCAUACCUGGAGCAGUAUUAUGACCCAAGUGAUGAGCCCAUUGCUGAAGCACCAUUCAAGUUUGACAUGGAGUUGGACGACUUACCUAAGGAGAAGCUCAAAGAACUCAUUUUUGAAGAGACUGCUAGAUUCCAGCCAGGAUACAGAUCUUAAAUUGGUCAGGACAAGGGCUCAGAGGACGGGACGAGUUCAGAUGUCGGUGUCCCCCCAGUUCUUGACCCUGGUCCUGUCUCCAGCCCGUCUCAGCUUACCUACUCUUGACUCCUUUGAGCCUUUCAGAGGGGCAGUUUCUGGUAGUAGCAGCUUUUAUACUUUCACGGAAUUCCUUCAGUCCAGAGAGUUCUCCUGGCAGCAGGCCAUGCAGCAGUGUGCACUUUCAAUGCACUUAACUGCUUACUGUUGUUUAGUCACUAACUGCUUUCUGGUUUGAAAGAUGCAGUGGUUCCUCCGUGUUCUGAAUCCUUUCUACAUAUCAUCUGCUGAACCAUCAGCCUCAUCAGAGUGAGAGUCUUUCCAGACUUGUUCCAGUUACUGGCACCUCACUUCACAGUAGGGAGGCUAUGCAUAAGGCACCUUAAGUCAGUGACAGCUCCAAAUUUGCACUUCAUUUGUUGGCUAGUAACUGUCUACCUAGACAGAAUAGGAGCUUGUGGAUGUCCCUGGAUGGUAUUACAGGCUGCAGGGGCAGGUGCUUCUGUUGCAGAAGUCCUUUGGGGCCAUUUUCUGUGUAUCCUGUUAGUCCCAAAUUUAAGGUAUACUAUUUGCCCAGCUUUUUAAAAAUUUGAUCAUUGUUUAAAUGAAAUAGGAAGGAAGCAUUGCACCAGCAGUAUUUGUUGUUCUGCAGGUUUUAUAUGGUUACUUGUAUUGUAAUGGAGGUGGAGCUCUCGUCAAAAUGUUACAUGCUAUCCUUAGCCAGAGAUUGAAAAUGACAGCUGUGCUUGUCAUUUACUGAAAGAUGGACACACAGAAAGCUGUGGAAGUUUCCAGAACAGUAGAGAGCAAGCUGACCUACAUGUUCGGGGUGGAGCUCCAUAUCACCUUGAACUGUUCCACCCAGAAGGCUGUUUUCGUAACUACAUUCACUACCUAGGGAUUUAGCUAAAAGGAACACUGCAUCUUUAAAUGAGAAAGUGUACAGUCCUUCCCCUGCAGCAUGUCAGCAUCUCGAGCUCACUUUUCAGCCGUGUAAUGACUUGUAUGUCAUAAAGCCUUGAGCUCUCCUCAUGGAGCUCUGCUCUGUUGCCAAGUUAGAGAUGUUUCUGGUACUGCUGAGUUAAUGUCAUAAAAGGCUAGCAGUAACUGUUUGAGCUCUCUUUUAUUUCCUUCUCUCCUGUAUUUGGUUCCUGCACUGUGUGCUGUGGAGUUGAUGGUGUUAUCCCAGUGCGGUGCCUCCAGACCCCCCACUGCUCUCUGAUGAGAAAUAUGCCUUGUUCAAUACUGUGCUCUUGCAUGACUGUUAAGGUUUCUGUGCAGAGACCAAUGUCCAAGUGUCACAUCCUUUGAUUGAACGAAAUCUGUUGUGACCUCUGAGUUGUAUUCCAUGAAGAGAAUGCUACCCAGAAGAUAAUGUAGGAAAGAUAAUUAUAUUGUUAACUUUUCAUUUCUCAGCUGUCCUUUUGUUUUCUUGGUUUUUAUUUUUUAUUUUGACAUCAAUGGAAAAUGGGUUCUAUAAAGACUGCCUGCUAGUAUGAACAGCAUUGCAAUGCACUUGUAACUCAUGGAAAUAAAUGUACAUCUUUAUCUUUACACCCA